CCCGACUCAUAUUCCCUACUUCGUAUGAAGGAGAUGAAUGCGCAUGCGUCAAUUGAUUGCUUCUCCCCCCAUCCAGAUGAUAGUGGCGCAUGCGCACUCGCGCUUUGAGAAGGCAGAAAAAAGUUUUUCGUUUCAUCUCCUGGAAGAAGUGAAAGGGGCGGGCGGGAAAAUGGCUGCGGCUGGCUUGAGGUCGACGUUACUCCGCGAAUGUCCGCUUCUUUUGCCUCAAAACCGGGAAGGAACUGUCUAUGAGGGCUUCGUCACCGCCCAGGGCAGAGACUUUCACAUAAGGAUACUGUUACCAUUGGAUCUUGAACUGAAAAAUGCCAAGAUCCAGUGUAGCUGGCAUUUGAAGAAAUUGUUAAAUGGAUAUCAACAAAUUCUAAAGCAGAGAUUGCAGCACGCCUUGGAUCUUGUCAGCUUCAUGGUGGAGUUGAAGACUGUUUUGGAAUUGGCUUUGAAGAAUACUCAGGGACUGCAUACAACGCCACCUCCACAGUAUUAUUCGGCUCUUAUUGGAGACAUAGAAACAUUAGGAUGGGAUAAAGUUGUGUUUGUGGAUCCUGGUUUUAAUACCUUAAAGUUAAAAGCCGAAGAUUCGUGUGGUCGGGAUCAUCUAAUCACCUUGAAAUUAAAUCCAAAGUACCCCAUAGAACCACCAGAUUGUCUUGUGGAUUUACCAGUCCAAUUCUGUGUCUCCUGGAUUCCUCAGAGUUCCUUAUUAAGCAUUCACAGUCAGUUCUUGGCAGCGUUAGAAUUGCUGAAGGAGUUUUGGAAUGCUCUAGAUGAAAUUGAUGAGAAGACCUGGGUGCUUGAGCCAGAGAAACCCACACGGAGUGCCACAAUGCGAAGGAUUGCGAUCGGAAAUAAUGUUUCAAUUAAUAUUGAGGUAGAUCCCAGACAUCCAACCAUGCUUCCUGAGUGUUAUUUUCUUGGACCAGACCAUGUGGUAAACCCCUUGAAAAUCAAGCUGAACAGCAACAUACACUUAUGGGAUCCAGAAGUCAGUUUAUUACAAAAUUUGAAAGAGAUUUUAGAAAUUGAUUUUCCAUCUCGGGAAGCUCUAGAAAAAUCUGAAUUUUCCAUGGACUGUGGGAUCUGCUAUGCUUAUCGUCUUGAUGGAGCUAUUCCAGACCAAGUCUGCAAUGAUUCCCGCUGUGGCCAGUCUUUCCAUCAAGCUUGUUUAUAUGAGUGGCUACGUGGGCUCCCAUCUAGUCGGCAAAGUUUUAAUGUCAUCUUUGGUGAAUGUCCCUAUUGUAACAAGUGCAAUGCUCUUUGGGCUAUUUUCACAAAGCUGAUGAUGGUGUUGGUCACUAAUCUAAACUUGCAGAGAGCUGAAGAGCCAAGGAGACAAUGGCCUGAAAACUCUUGGUUUGAUGAUGCCAUCUUCUUCCCUGCUUGCUCUGGGUGCCGAUAGGUUGACAUCCCCUCUGUGGAUUGCUCCUCUCAACAACUCAGAAUGCUCUUUCACAAAUCACACUGAAAAUGUCUACAAAGAAAAUCUGAAAUGAGAUUUCAACAAAAUCCACUGCUCAAGAAAUAAAUGUUAAUGGAAAUAUCAGAGAAAAUAAAGAGAAAGGAAAAUUAACAACAAGAGAACGGGAAUUGAUAUAACAUAUCGAUAUAGUCCAUCACGUCGUUCUGGCUGUGCCAUUCUGCAUGCCGGGGAGCUGGUCAACGGCUGAAAAUCUUCUGGUUGAUAGACUGCUGCAUGUAUGCCUUCAUUUUCUAUGGAGUUUUCCUCAAUUUUUCUUGAAGGACCUGCAGACAUAUGUGCUGCAUGGCUGUUCUCUACUAUCCUGAGAAAAAGAAACCAGUAUAUACAUCCUUUAAGGAAUGGUUGAAAAAACAAACAUUUGCUCCUGGUUUUUUGCCCUUAGGGUUUGUGUCAAAGAUCUCAGGAAACAUGGUAGAGGGACACCUAUUUCAUUUUUUUCCCUGUUCCCACAGGAAACACUGGCAUCUAUCCUUUAAAAAAACACAAAUAAUUGUGUAUUCCAGUAAUAUCUUCUAUGUAUUUCCCUUGUCCUAAAACAACAGUCCAUUCAAACAGUCUUUUCAAAUGCAGGGGUUCUCAACCUUUGGUCCUCCAUGUAUUUUUGGACUUGAAUUUCCAGAAUUCCCAGCCAGCUUACCAGCUAUUAGGAAUUGUGAAAACUGAAGUCCAAAACACCUGGAGGACAAAGAUUGAGAAAGCACUCAUCUAUUGUAUCAUCCAUAUGAUAAGGCACUAGGUUAAGUCCUUUGUCUUAGACACAGAGAGUAAUUUGUGUAUGUAGCCUUCGGAUCUGAACAUGUUUUUCAUACUUUUCCAAGUAUUUUUUCUAUGAAAAAAUCCAUUCUAUUUUUGCAAUUAGCAAAUAGACUACACAAAGGCAAUUAAUAUUAUAUUGAUAACUACCAACAUGGCAGUGGACUACAAACAGUAAAUUACGGUGGAAUACACACGCAUCUGUAUGUGUGCAAAAUGCUUUGGGCUCUCUAUUAAUAUCCCCCAUUGGUGUGCAUAAAAAUACAAUUCUGUUUGUUUCUUAUUAGCGGCUGAGGGUGUAGAAGUCUUCCCAAGCCUCAGUGCAUAAACAAAUCUAUGUAUUGACUGUUUUUCCCAUUUUUUCAUAUGGAUUAUUAGUAGCUGCUUUAUAAAACUGAAGUGACCUCUGAAUAUUAGAAGUGUUGGCAAGAAAAGAAUGGAAGCUCAAUGCUAGAUUAAUGCAGGGUCCAGGCCUGACCCAGCGGUUUACACAGUAAACAUUCCACUCUCUCUGCUGAGUAUUUGUAUGCAACACGUUUAAAUUUGACCAGGUAUAUGUGGAAUGUUUACAUUGAUAAGGAGUGUAAUGUCAGGCAUGGACAAUAGCAAAUCACAUCCAGUUAACGCAGUCUGGGAGUGGAAAUAGCUAAGAGCAACCAAUACUUUCUAAAUUAGUAAAUCCUAGUGUGUUAAACACAGUUACUCUCAGAAGUACCAUGCCAAGGGAUAUACAGAAACAGAAGCACAUACUUCACAAGCAUGCUAAAUCUGAAAUGGCUUGGACCAGUUUAAAAUGCUGGGGGAGGGGAGGUGGUUGUCACAUGCAUUAAAAAUCCUUUUUCAUUGAAAACUUACAUUUCAGACGAAGUAUAGUAGCCAUUGCUUGUUUUUCUCUUCUUCGUUGUGCUUAACUUUUCCUAAAGGGGAGGGCAGAGUUUGAAAAGCAACAGUUUCAAGAUGCAAUGUACAAUGUAAUGCAACAGUAAUAAACUCACCUCUUCAGUUUGAAGAGGCUUGUUCAGUCCA